UUAAUCUUCUCACUUUACUCUUCUGUCCUCAGCGAUGGAGUCUUCUCAUCUGAAAGACGAUCUGGAAUGUUCCGUCUGUCUGGACUUUUAUACGGAUCCUGUGACCCUGAGAUGUGGACACAACUUCUGCCGGGACUGUAUUAGUCGUGUGUUGGAUACACAGGAUCGGUCUGGAGGAUAUUCCUGUCCUGAAUGUAGAGAACAACUCAAGAAACGUCCCGUCCUUCAGAAGAACAUUACUCUGUGUAAGAUAUUGGAGACCCUCCAGACUACACAAGGUGAUCGGGACAAAACCGGGAUCUCCUGUACUUACUGUAUUCACACUCCUGUACCUGCUGUGAAAUCCUGUCUGCUGUGUGAAGCUUCUCUGUGUGACAAUCACCUGAGAGUCCACAGCAAGGCACCAGAACACGUCUUAUGUGACCCCACCACUUCCCCGGAGAACAGGAAAUGCUCCGUCCAUAAGAAGAUCCUGGAGUAUUACUGCACUGAGGACUCCACCUGUAUCUGUAUGUCCUGCAGGCUGGAUGGAGAACAUCGGGGACACCAGGUGGAGACUCUGGAUGAGGCCUCUGAGAUGAAGAAGAAGAAACUGAGGAAUGUUCUGCAGAAACUGAUGACAGAGAGAGAGGAGAUGGAGAAAAGAGUCCAGAGUCUGGAGGAGCACAGGAGGAAAGUACAAGGAAAAGCAGAUGAUGAAACAGAGAGAGUCACUGUCCUGUUCAGAGACCUCCGGAGACGUCUGGAAGACCUGGAGAAGAGAGUUCUGAGGGACAUCUCCGGGCAGGCAGAGCGGAUCUCCAUGUUAAUCAAUGAUCUGCUCCAGGAUCUGGAAAUAAAGAAGGAGGAGCUGUCCAGGAAGAUGGGGGACAUUGAGGAGCUGUGUAACAUGACUGAUCCACUGACUGUCCUCCAGGAAUCAGAAACAGGUGACUUGUGUUAUACUGAGGAUGAGGAGGACAGAGAGAGACGUGAUAAACUCCUCCAUGAUGGAGGGGAUCUGGAUGUGGCGGGGAUCUCACACACAUUACACACAGGUUUAUCUGAUAUCAUGUUUGGAGUAAAUGAUGUAAAAGAAUGUACAGGCACACAUGCCUGCAAAACAUUGGGGGUGUCGGGGGUUACAGACAUAUUACUGGAUGUGAGUACAGCUGGUAAUAAUCUAUAUAUAUCAGAUAACAGGAGAACUGUAUUCUUUAGAUUUCAUAGCCAGAAUCGCCCAGAAACACCAGAGAGAUUUGGUUGUUCUCAGGUGAUGAGCAGUCAGAGUUUCUCCUCAGGGAGACAUUACUGGGAAGUUGAUAUUGAGGAGUCAGGGUACUGGAGAGUCGGGAUGUGUUACCGAAGUAUAGAAAGAAGGAAAGGAGAUCAGUCACGGAUUGGAUAUAAUACCAAGUCCUGGGGAUUGGAGAUGGAGAAAAAUCAAUACUUAGUGAGACAUGACAGUAAUAAGAUCCCAAUACCUGGUGAAGGCUCCAGUAAAAGAGUCGGGAUAGAUCUGGAUUAUGAGGCCGGGCGGAUCUCCUUUUAUGAUCUGUGUGACCCGAUCCGAUAUCUCCACACCUUCACCACUACCUUCACUGAGCCCCUCCAUGCUGUAUUAUGGGUAGGGUUUGGUUCCUGUAUAAAGAUAUGUGGGGGAAAUCAGAUGUGAGAAAUCUGCCCAGAGACUGGUGACAUCACAGGGUGGAGAAUCUGAUUGGUGCAAUACUCAUGACUGAUUUAUUUAUAAAGCUGCAGGUUCCGGGGCCGUCAUCUUCAUCCUAAACCUCACUUCACCUCCUAGUGUGUCACUGACCAGGAACAAGCAUGCAGGAGGGCAGAGUGUUCAGACAUCAUUGGCUGCAUGCUUGUUCUGGGUCAGUCACACACUAGGUAGUGUAUGAGGAUUGGGAUGACAGCUCUGGAGCCUUCACCUUUAUAGUGUAUCUAUAGAUAAAAUGUGUUUAUUUUCAGUUUUGCAUGGUGUGGGGGAGGAUUAGUACCCCUGACAGGUUUUUACUGAUUUCUGGGGCUCCAUUAGAGAGAUUCCCCCUCACUUCCUGUCCUGGUGACAACAUUUUACUAGACAGGAAGUAAGGGGAACUCUCUAACAGCAACACGGACAGAACAAAAAAAUCCUUUUCUUUAGUAGAUUAGGGGAAGGCUAGAACCCCUGUCAGAGUUUUAUUUCGGUCUGUUUCCCUGUUGUAGAUCUUCCUUCAUUUCCUGCCUGAUAAAAUGUUGUCACCAGGACAGGAAGUGAGGGGGGAAUCUCUCUAAUGGAGCCCCAGAUAGCAGUAAACCUGACCGGGGUUCUAACCCUCCCCCACUCCAUCAAAAACUAGAACAAUAGGUUUUGUUUAGACACCUCUAUGAUCCUUAUGGAGCCGAGCAAUUGUUCCAUUUCCUCUAUGGCCCUAUUCAUCUGAUAAAGAUAAAUAAUUAUUAAUUACAAUUAUUAUAAAACAUAUUAUAAUUAUUAAAAAUAAACAUUAAAAUUACUAUUACUUAUAAAAAAAAUAUUAUAUGAUUUCCUAAUGAUGAAAUCACAUGACUAAGUGCUUAUAUGCUAAUGUGAGGUUCUUUAUAUAAUAACAGG